GUAAAUGAUAAAAUUGGUAUUUGCAUUAUUAAACAUCUGUGGCUUUGUGUACCUUACUUUGACAGAAGGCAACUACACACGUGCUAUAAUUUGUUGUGACGUUACUGUGUGCAGUGCUGGUUACAUUAAUCUAUAUUUUUUCAUUGUUAUAAGAUACUUAUGUUAUAAACAUGGAUAGUGAAGAAACAAAUAAUAAGGUUCUAGAUAUCGUUGCUAACAUAGUUAAAAAACAAGAAGACAAGGGUGAGCAAAAUGAUGAAGAAAACUCAACCUCAAAAGUUUUACCGCAACCUAUCAGAGGCAUUCCGAAAUCUGGAAGAUUUUGGAAGUCCAAAAAGGAAAAGUUUUCAACUAUCAACAAAACUAAAGGACUGAGAAAUAACUUCGAAAAGAAAACAGCGCUUCGAAUAGAAAUGAAAAAAACAAGAGAGCUAUCUAAACAGAUGUUAGAAGAAAUUAAGCAAAAAGAAUUAGAGCGCAAAGAAAGGAGGCGGGAAAACAUAAAACGUACUGAGGAGAACAAACGUAAAGCCGAGGUCGUCCAAGUAAUCACAAAUACCGCCAAACUAAAACGUAUGAGGAAGAAACAGUUGAGGUUUAUUGAGAAAAGAGACACUAACAAACAGGUUGAGGCCAAUAAAUGAGAUAUUUGUA